AUGUUACCAGAUCACGUCCCGCUCAUCAUCACAUUAGUCAUCGCCUGUGUCAUCACGACGUCAUCGACAAAUCACCCGGACGAAGCGAACGUGACGGAUUUACCGGAUGCAAAUGCAACGGAUUGCAUUGGCAAUUCCAGCGCCAUCUACGAUUUUAAAUGCGGAACAACCUCCGUUAUUUACGACGCGGAAACCGACUAUAACGUUAACGUUAAUAUUACGGAAUGGAAUAUGGCGGGCGAAUCGAACGGUACUCUCCCAAAGGACAUCGCGCUCUCCUCCGCGUCUAAAGACCCUCCAUUUCCUCUAACAAUAAAAACCAAUUCCACCGCACUAUCCCCAUUCAUAUCCAUUCAGGACCUACCCUCCCUCCAUCUUAUAUCCCGCAACGGCCCCAAACCGGUCCAGCAUCCCCAUCCGGGCCACCACCCCGCCUGGCCGGUGAAGCGCGAGGCCAUCGUCGAGGGCGACCUGGUGCUCGGCGGGCUGAUGAUGGUGCACGAGCGCGAGGAGACCGUCACCUGCGGGCCGAUCAUGCCGCAGGGCGGGAUCCAGGCCUUGGAGGCGAUGCUGUACACGAUAGAUCGGGUGAACGCGAACGGAUUGCUCAACGUCACGUUGGGCGCGCACGUGCUGGACGAUUGCGAUAAGGAUACGUACGGGUUGGAGAUGGCCGUGGAUUUUAUUAAAGCCUUAUUCACAGUCGCCUCCUUAAAAUGA